GAAGUGGAAUGGAAUUCAGAACUCCAUGAAAGAGAGCUGGUGUCCAGAGCGUUGAUGUCACACAGCCUGUGUCCUGAUUGGCACAGAAGUUGGAACUAGAUUGUGGAUAUCCAUUCUGCUAGCUCUGCUGGAAGACUGCUUCUAAAAGCAAGCUCUUCAACUUUGGAUGUUAAUCAUUAGAAUUUUCUUUCUCAAAUUAAAGGUUUGAGAAAUUCGUGAUAAGAUGUCCUGUUCCCUAAAGUUUACUUUGAUUAUAAUUUUUUUUUACUGUUGGCUUUCAUCCAGCCAUGAGGAGUUAGAAGGUGGUACAUCGAAGUCUUUUGACCUCCAUACAGUGAUUAUGCUUGUCAUCGCUGGUGGUAUCCUGGCGGCCUUGCUCCUGCUGAUAGUUAUCGUGCUCUGUCUUUACUUCAAAAUACACAAUGCGCUAAAGUUCAAAAUAAACAACGUACUAAAAGCUGCAAAGGAACCUGAGGCUGUGGCUGUAAAAAAUCACAACCCAGACAAGGUGUGGUGGGCCAAGAACAGCCAGGCCAAAACCAUUGCCACGGAGUCUUGUCCUGCCCUGCGGUGCUGUGAAGGAUAUAGAAUGUGUGCCAGUUUUGAUUCCCUGCCACCUUGCUGUUGCAACGUAAAUGAGGGCCUCUGAGUUAGGAAAGGUGGGCACAAAAAUCUUCAUGAGCAAUACUUCUUAGUAGAUUGUUUUGUUAUUCAAAUCAAGUUCUAGUGUUUUUAUGUGAGAUUAUAUAAUUUACAGUGCUGUUUUAUAUACUUUUGAAUAAAUGUACACUAUUAAAAAUAA